UCGGGUCUGACCGUCAGUCACAGACAAACACUCGUACCGUUCACAGUGCGACUCUUUCUAGUCUUUCUCCGCGCGUAACUUUCGGUCAGUAGUGCGAGCAAAAGGAACGAACAGCAGCCGUGUGUGCAGCAAGCAACACAUACAACUGCUCUGGAAAAGCCAAUCUGGUGCUGGGCGAGUGAGCGAGUGAGAAGUCGACGCCAUUUUAUGUUUUUGUGCGCUUACACGCACCAAGAAGAUCAGGCCCAAACCAAAAUCGCCGUCCGUCAGUGAGUUGAGUUGGUGUUCUGUGCAGUUUCGUGAAACCUCUUCUCUCGCGGAUGGUGAAUAAAAAACGCGACUUUUUCCGAUCUAGUGUCACCGGGAAUGCAAUGAAAAGUGCACCAAAGUGAAGAUUGUCGCAAGGAUCCUCAUUGAAUCACCAACCCAGGGCAGUCACUGCGUGAACCCGAACCGCAUACCGUGUUCAUCGUGGCGUCGUCAUUGUCCGCUGCCGUCGAGGAAAUGGGCGAAGUGGGAGCGGCUGCCGCCGAGCAUCCGCCGUCGUCUAAGGAGGUGGUCAAAGAAAAUGGCGAACUGAACGGCGGCGGUACCGACGAAGGCGAGGAACAGCCAGCAAGCGGUGGACUCAUGAUCGCCAAGGUUGUGUCCGGCGCGGAUGCCAUCAAACAGGACGAAGCGAAGAAGGUUCGCAAGGCCAGCGAAGGCAGCAGCGAAGAGGUGGACGAAAAUUCACAAACAUCCCAGCCGAUUAGCAGCAGCAGCAGCAACGGUCAAACCGAGGGCGAAGGGGACGAAACUUCACAGGAUCCGGCAGAUGAGGAAACGGAGGAAAGCCGCCCGGAAAUGGUUCGGGUGGAUAACGAUAAUCAUGAUACGGUUGAGUCCAUGGAAGUGGAUGAAGGAGAGGGGGGUCGACGGGAGGGAAAGUCCCGAAGUGUAAGCGAAAAUGGGAACGAUCCCUUGGGCGGAAGCUUGGGGAAUCUGGUGGAUGAGGAGGAUUCAAAGUCAAAGAGUGGCGAUGAAGCUAUGGAUGUGGAUGCAUCUACAAAUGGUCAUAGCGUGGCCGACAAGACGGACGAUAACGAAGUGGUGGAUGAUGAUAGUGACAAACCGGUCAGUAUUAACUCCGAUUCCGAGAACGAAGAUGAUGAUCCGGUUGAUACUGGUAAGAGCGUAGCGACUGAUAGCAUGGAUGGGAACUCCAAAUCGAACGACACAGUAUCGAUGUCCAGCAAGUCGAACGGCGGUAAUGCAAAACAGCAAAAUGGGGAUUGUGAUGGCGAUGUGACGAUCCUCAGCGAUAAAGAGGAAGACUGUGUAGUGAUCGAUGAUGAAGAUGGUGAUUCAAAUCUGAGUACACCUAGUCAGAAAAAGGCGGUUGUCGAAGAUACCUCCUUGAGGAGAAGUUCCAGGGUACGUAAGAGUACCCUACCGCAAAACAUUUCCAAUAUCGAUGACGAUGACGAUAUUGAAGAAAUAAUUGAUGAUCCACUGAAUAUUGCUGCCGCAAAGAAGCCUCGAUUAUCCAUUAAUCAAUCGCUUCAGCAAAAUUCCUUCAAAGGUGCACUUCCGCUAACGCCGCAACCCCAGAAGUCGCUCCUGUCCAGCAAUCAGAACAGCGCCACGAAGGAACCCCACCUGGUUAUAAUCGAUACCAACACUCUGAUGAACCGUUCCGGCGGAAGCACGAUGACGACACCAAAGUCCACCAACAGUUCUUUCUCGAUACUACCCACGGGAAUGUCCCCGAACAGUUCUUUCAAUUCGCCGCGAAGCGUCCUAAACCCGGUGGCCGCAGCGGCAAAUCUCAUUUCGAAAACCAACCCGCCUCCACUGGCUCCGGUCACGCCACUGUUACCUGCCCUCACGGACGACAUGUUCGUCCUCGAGGCACCAUCCUUCAUCGUUCCGUACAUCUACGAGAAACCUCCGCCGGAGAAUCUCCGAGAUAUCGUAAGUGAGCUGGAAGCCAAGAUCAAGGAAAUGCGUAAGAAACUGGAGGAAUCCGAGAAGGACGACGAAAAGGCGGAAGAUGAAAACAGCCAAGGUUCGGCAGCGAGUGGCGAAAAGAAAUCAUCCGCCAGCGAUGACGCCGAGGUGGAAUCCGAAGCGGAAAAGAAGAAAAAGUCCAAACGGAAACGGAAGAACGAUGACGACGAUGAUUGGGACGAGCUGGAAACGUCGACGGACGACGAAGCAUCGGACGAUGAGGGCAAAACGAAAGUACUCAUCAAGGAAGUCAAGUCGGACAUCGAGAUGAUCAAGGAACACAUCAUCACCCCCGCCAAGGACGAUCUGACCAGUACAAGUGGCACCUCUCUCAAUGCUCAGACUGAUCCGAAGAAAUCGGAGAACUAUUUCGAGAACCCUCUGGGGAAGUUCUUUAUGAACAUUGGCAUCAACCUGGUGCAGGAAUACGUACAGACCGAUCUGCUAAGGCAGCAGAAGAAGAAACGUGAUCGUGAGGGUAAACCCUCGGCCAGCACCCAGAUGGCCAUCAAUUCCCUGAUCAAGAAUCUGGAGUUCAGCAAGGAGAACAACCGGCCGUUCAAGUUCGAAAUCAAACGCUGCGAGUACUGUCCGUUCAAGUCGGAAUCGGCGCUGGCCAUGGCCCACCACUACGAAACGCCGCACAUGCGCAACUACAUCUACAAGUGUAACUUCUGUUCGUACGAAACCCGGCCGCCGCACGACAUCCUCUACCACAUGGAGGCGAUGCACAACAUCAAGGGCCGCCUGGAGAAGGCCUCGAUGUAUCACGCGUGUCCCAACUGUCCGUUCGAGGACAACGGCAAAUCGAAACUGGCCCGGCAUGCGGUGGCCUGUGCGAAGAAGUUCCGACCGGAGAUCAACCUGAACCCGCCGCUGGACUGGGAACCGCCGGCGAAGAUUCCUCGCAUCAAGCCGAAACAUGGACUGGUGGGAACGGCCACCGCUUAUCAGGCCAUGACAGCACAGCAGCAGAAGAACCUGGCGAUGGUCAACCAACGGGUACAGUCCGUCAACAACAUCAACCCGGUCAACAUUAGCCAGCUAUCGGCGGCGGCCCAGGCGGCUGCCUUGCGAGCCCGCGGAGGACGCCCACAGCCACUGACACCGGCCACACCGACCAGUGUGCUACGGUCGGCGGCCAAUCCGGCGAUGCGUACGUCCAUGUCGCCUGGAGGAAUGGUAAUACCCAAUAAUUUCCAGCUUUCGGCAGCGGCAAUCGCCGCUGCGGCUAACAAAUUUGUGCCGACUCCAAACGCCGUUGGACGAUCUCUUCUAAGCAAUUCUAACGCAUCGGUGACUAUACAGAACUCCAUGGGUCUCAAGCCUGGCAUGAAACCUUCGCAGCAGCCGAGCAUCUCCAUCACACCGCUACCGCGACAAUCGAACGCGACCAACAUGGCCGUAGCCGGAGCGCUAUCCAAGCUGCAAGCGGCCGGCACGUCCGCCGUGAAGCCCGGCCAAAGCCCCGCCGGCGGCAACAAGACGGCCUUCGUGGUGUGCGAAAUCUGCGACGGCUACAUCAAGGAUCUGGACCAGCUGCGCAACCACAUGCAGUGGAUUCACAAAGUCAAGAUUCACCCCAAGAUGAUCUACAACCGCCCGCCGCUGAACUGUCAGAAGUGCCAGUACCGGUUCUUCACCGAUCAGGGCCUGGAGCGGCAUUUGCUCGGAUCGCAUGGUCUGGUGACGAGUUCCAUGCAGGAAGCCGCCAACAAGGGCAAGGAUGCCGGACGUUGUCCCGUUUGUGGACGGGUAUACCAAUGGAAGCUGCUGAACCACGUAUCGCGGGAUCACAACAUGACCCUAAAACCGGCACACCUUUCGUACAAAUGUACGGUUUGUACGGCCACAUUCGGAAUGUACAAACAGUUUGAAAGUCACGUUUACUCGGCGCACAGCACGGUCGCGAAGAAGGCCCUGGAUAACAAAAAGCCGGCAGCCGGCGGAGGCUCCCUGCCGAUGCGUGGUGGCGGUGGUGUUGGCAACGAUUCUCUACUGAAACCCCUGAAGAUCAACGACGAGAUCACGAUCAUCCCGCAGCCGACCAGCAAGGGUGCGGCGAAACCGAUCGAAAUCGAGAGUCAUGUUAUAGAUUGAACAUCGCUUCCGAUUAUACCGUAUCGCUAGGGGCAGUUUUUCAUUAAUACCAAUUACCACUUUUCUUCUAUAAUCGGAUGUUAUCACGAAAGGACAAAAGCAAGUCUACGAUGUUAAGGCAAACAACUGGAAAUAAUAAAGCACUAAGCUUGAACUUUCAUUUCCUCUUAUUCACUCCAACUUGUACACUGUUCCCUCCCCCAUCACAAGACUCUCUCAUUUGGCGUUCAUCAUCCGUUAUCACCCACCCAUCAAUCCCAUCACCAAUUCAACAAUGGAACAUCUACACUCAUCCUAUUUGUGUUUCAAUUUCCGCUUGAAAAUACGUCGGUUUACAAAAAAGAAAAACACAUAAACAAGUUCCUACCGCAAUUGGUCGCCGCCGCAAGCGGCGGUGAGCCCCACAGCAAACCGGGGAAUCUAACGAGUUCUCCCGGGUUCGCUCUGAAGGAAGCCCCGCACGCAUAAUAGGACAAACCGGAAACUAUUCACAUAACCCUAUGCAUAGCAACUCUGAAACACUCAACACUGUGUAUCAUACAUGAUAAUUGGAAAAAGGUAUAGGAUGCAAAAAAAAGUUAAAUAAAUCGGUCUCACCUUACUAUACACACACCUAACAAAAAACGCUAGUACAUAAUGGCCCGUUUGACACACUGAAACAAACAACAAGUGGUUUUGUGAAUGAAUUAACGAAAGAAAAGGGUUAUAAUCAAUAGCAAGAAAAAUCAGCAAAAAUAUUUAUAAAUAUUAGGACACUUAAGGCACCUAACUUUAACGAUUUGGGUUUGAUCGAGGCAGUAGUGGCAAGGGUGGUUCCUUCCUUCUUCCCUAGAGGGUCCCCGCGGUCAUCCGCCUUGACGGGAAGUAAUCUUCAAGGCGUGAUGCAGCGAAGGAGGGGGAGACCUUUCUUGUGUUUUGUAUAUUUCUGAAAACUUGAAUAACUUAUUUGUUUUUAAGGCAUAGCAACACAAUUAAUCCCUACCACCUAAGAUGUAGAACGCAAGUGUAGUUCAGAGGAAAGAAAAACCUGUAAGAGCAUAGUGAGUAUACUCCCUGAGUUUAGCGUUUUUUUUUUCUUAUAGAGAUAUCUUAUUGUAUUAAAUGGUACUUGCAAGAAAGGAACAUGCAGAGAAAACAGUAAGACGGUAGUUGCGUUAAGAUUCACAGAAUUUAUUGGCAGUCCACUAACCUCAUCCGGAACAGAGAAGAGAAAGUGGAAGUCGAAAGCUAAAAAUUGAACGAGGGAAAUGCUGCCGUCUAUCGGGCAAGCUAAAGAAUGUUUAAAGUAAGUCGGAAACUGAAGAAAGAAAUACUUUAUAGUCUAAAUAAAAAGCUGAUAAUAAGCAGGAA